AGUUAAAUCUCACGAGGUUCUGUGCUGCUGUUCACAAUCGUAAAUAAAUCUGCCUCGCUGCGGCAUAGCCACCCGCCAAAAAUCUUCACCUCCUCCCUCGAUCGCGCGCUGACCUGGGACGAGGCCUCUAGUACGAGUACAUAGGAUAGGGCGCGGCUAACAAGUCGUUUCUAUCCUCCAUCAUCACGCUUGCACCAAGACUACGAUACGACCACAGGUGACACCUCACUGACGAUUGAUGAAGCUCCCUACGCCAACACACCAUCUCUCUCCAACACCGUCAGCAGCGCCAGAAUCCACACCACGAUGACAACAGUGCCUUACGCAGAGGAACGGGCCUUUGCGGAGGCCACAGCCCUCCGCGCCGCCAUCCUUACCAAAAGGGUCCAGGCCAAGGUGCAGUCCAUGACAAAGGACGACUUCUCCCCCGUCACGACCGCCGACUUUGCCGCACAGGCCCUCCUCAUCGCCAGUCUGCGGCAACGGUUCCCAGGCGACGGCUUCGUCGGCGAGGAGGACGCAGCGGAUUUGCGGUCUCACGACGCGCUGCGGCGGACCGUCUUUGAGCACGUGCGAAGCAUGGCCGACGGGGCGACGACGAAGCUGGCGACGCCCCAGACGGAGGAGGAGAUGCUCGCGCUCAUCGACCUGGGCGGACGGGGCCAGGGCGGCAAGCAUGGGCGGUUCUGGGUCAUGGACCCCGUCGACGGCACGAGGACGUUCCUCGAGCAGCACCAGUACGCCGUCUCGCUCAGCCUGAUCGAGGACGGGCGCGAGGUGGUGGGCGUGCUGUGCUGCCCCAACCUGCGGCUGCAGGACGGCCGCGUCGUCGAGAGGAGCGUCGACAGGGACGGCCUCGGCGUCAUGCUCACGGCUGUCCGGGGCCAGGGCGCCACGGUGCGCUACCUCUCUGCGUCGCCCGAGUCCACGCCCUACCCGCUGCCCGAGGCCCAGCCGCUCGCGAGGCUCACCACACCCGCGCGCCUGUCCGACCUGCACAUUGUCGACGCGCGCGCCAGCACCGCCGUGCGGCACGACGUUGUCGAGCAGCUGGCGCAGCAGCUCGGGGCGCGGUAUCCGGGGACAGAGGUCUGGUCGUCGCACAUGCGGUACGCCAGCCUGAUCCUGGGCGGCGCCGACUGCCAGAUCCGCGUGCCCCGGCCGGACAAGGUCAGCAACGUGUGCAUAUGGGACCAUGCCGGGGCCCAGCUCAUCUUCACCGAGAUGGGCGGCCGCAUCACGGACCUGGACGGGCGGGCCAUGGACUUUGGCGCCGGCCGCAAGAUGGACGCGAACCGAGGCAUGAUUGUCGCCAGGGAGGGUGUCCACGCGCAGCUACUGCGAGAUGUCAAGGCGAUCAUAGGUGAGGCGUAAGAAAGGCAACUAAACUGACUACAUUGUACUUGGGGCAUGGGGCCAGAGGGCGUCCGGCAUUCUGCUCUUCGCGUUGUAUAUACCGCAUAUUGCUCAGCAUCUACUUGCUCUACAUCUCUCUAUAGAUUCAUCCACGUCGUCCCACAAGGACUACACCAUUCUAGGCCUGUCAGACAGCGUCGUGAUUGUCCUUGGGCGUGUCUCGCUUCCACCGGAACAGCCCCGAUGUCGGCUUCAGGUUUCGUACAUCCCACGUCGACCUCUUCUCCCUCUGCUGCUGCUGCUGCUGCCGUCUCGGCGAGGUCAUCCUGCGACUGUUGAUCUCAGUGAGACGUCUCUGCUGAUCCCGCGUCUCGAGCUCUCGGAGACGCUCGUGCUGCUUGCUCUUGAAGGCGCUCGUGCUGUAGCGGGCCUUCUUUGAGCGCAGGCCCAGCCGUUCUUC